CAGACUCUACUGUGAGGAGAGAGAGGAGCCUCAGGAGGGGGGCAGAGACAGACUCUACCACGAGGAGAGAGAGCGAGGCGAGAGGGAGCGGUCGAGAGAGGAGCCUCGUCCAUACAGUGUGGUAGAUCUGACACAGGAUGGGAGGAGUGGAGAGAGAGAACGCCACAGAGAACGAGAGACGGAGCGUGACAGAGACCGAGAGAGAGAAAGAGAGGUUCUCCUCCACCACCCCUCUGCUUCUCGACCCCCCCAGGGCUCCUCCUCUUCUGGGCGUUACCUAGAGACUGAUGACACACCCACUCGCUCCCCCAACCCUAACCCCAGCCCCCACACACACACAGACAGGCUGAGGAAGACUGAAUCUACCUACAGCGGUGGACUCCUCCCUGGCCCCGCCUACUCUGCACACCGGGAGCCUAUCAGGGAACAGCGUGUGAGCGCGCCCACUUACGUGCCUUCUGUGGAGGUCUAUGAUGAGCAGAUCGGCCCGAUCCAGAUCGCAUCGCAGGCCAGGGACAAACAGGACAAACUGAGAGAAAGAGAGAGAGAAAGAGAGAGAGAAAGAGAGAGGGAGAGGUUUCCUGAGAAGACUCUAUUGGACCGUCGCGCUUCUCUUCCUGGUGAUUUGUCCAAUCAGAGAGAGCGGGAGGAGGGCUCUGUGAUCUGCUCCAACGGUUCGGCUCUGAAACGAGACGGUUACGUCAGCCAAUCAGGGUUCAGCCCGGACCCCAGGGACACGCCAAAACAUGCCAUCCGAUUGGGCUUGGAGCGGGUAGGGGAAGGGCCUAAAUGGAACCCCAUCAGCCCAUUGGCCAACUACGCCACCAGUCAUAUGGCAGCUCUGGCCUCCCAGCACGGACACGCACAGCAGGCACGCACACACACUCAGCCCUCACACCAUAACCAGCAGGAACUCAACAGACCCCCUUCCAACCCCCACACACCCCAACACAGACACACACAUUCCCCCCACCCUCCGCCCCAACCCCAGAGGGGAGAGGAGGGACAGGGGCGCUACUUGGACACCUCAGCCCUGUACCGCCCAGUGGGGGGAAGGAGAGGCAGCGGAGGAGCAGGGUCUGAGGGGGGAGCAGACGGAGGAGAGGUGUCGGCCAUGCAGAGUCUGAUCAAAUACAGCGGGGCCUUCCCACCUGAACGCCAGGGGUCCUCCAGGCAGAACACGGACAACCAAGCCGCGUUCGGAGGGCUGGCGUUCAUGAGGCUGGAGGGAGGAGGAGCGGGGGGGAGGCUGAUGAAGAGAGAGCAGGAGCGUCCCGACAGCUCUCGGUCGUUGGGACGUGGCGAAGGGGCGGGGCCAGGCGAGGGUGGGGGAGAGGUCCGUCACCCUCCUGUAGGGAUAGCUGUGGCAGUGGCCAGACAGAGCAAUACAGACUCCCAGAGACCUCUACUACUGCACGCAGGGGUUAAAGACGAGGAGCGGGGGGACGAGCGAGCCCGUCACCGUGGUGAUAGACUGGGGUGCCUGGAGCGUGAGCAGGAGAAGUUGCUCAGAGAGAGUAAGGAGCUGGCAGAGUUCACCCAGAUGCACCCUCCCUUGGUGUCCAGCGCCCUGACCUCUAACCUCAUGACCUCCAACCUCAUGGUGACUGGAGGCUCCGCCCGCUGGCCCCACGACCCCUCCCCCCUGACCUCUCACCCCUGGAUGCCCCGCCAAGGAGCCCCGCCCAUCUGGCUGUCGGGAUCCCCCUACGGUUUAGGCCCCUCUCCGCUGCACCAGGCCCUCCCUCCCUACCAGCUGGCCAGAGACCCCCAGUCAGGACAGCUGAUGGUUAUAGCUACAGAACACAUCCCACGCUACGGAGGAGAUGUGUUGGAUGGGGGUGGCGCACCCCAGUGGCCAGGGGUGUAUGGAGCAGGCAGUUCUCUGCAACAUGCCGCUCAGCUGCAGAUGUUGUCACAGCAACAGAUGCUGAGGCAACAUGAGCUGGUGAUGAUUCAACAACAUGCUGCUCAGGUCCUGGAGCUGCAGAGGAACGCUCAACUGAUGGAGCGUCUGAAGGCCAGUGAACAGAGGGCAGAGCUAGAAGAGAAGACCAAUAAGAGGAGUUCCGAGCCCAAACCCCGCCCCUCGCCACGCCCCACUCCCUCCCCCUCCCUCCACUGCCAUAAAACUCCCCUCCGUUCACCUCCCCCCUCCACCUCCUCCGUCACCCCCCUGUCCUCCCCCAGGCCCACUCUCCAACACCCGGAGGUCCAAAGAGAGAGGUCUCACCCUUCCUCUCCCCUUCCUCGCCCUCCCGCCCCACACUCUGCCUCCCCCCUGAGACCCUCCUCCUCCCUGAGACCCAAGCAGGACGCUGACGAGGGAGAGGAGGAGGGGGGAGAGAGGGGGGAGAAACAGACCACCUCCCCCUAUCACCGAAUCUACACAGAUAUCACCCCUGGUUACCGUUACCAGUCCAUCACCCCGCCGUUCAGCGCCCUAUUCCCCCCCCGCCCCCUCCCCCAUCCAGCAGGGGGUAACAAACACACCUCGGUCUCCUCCCUGCCACCACUCCUCCGGGCCACAGCUCCAGACGUGAAGCCUCGGGGCCUGGAACUCCGGCCAGACCAGGGGACCAUGCUGAAGCAUGACCCCGACCAGGAGCCACCCCAGCUGGGCAUGAGUCCUGCUGCCCUGGACCCUCAGCUCCGGACCUCCAGCCCUCCAACCCUCAGCCAAAUGGAGAGAGACGGAGAGUCAAGCCUCAAACACACACAUCUCACCCACACACACACACAAUUACACACACAACCCAGCCUUACACACCCACACAAACACACCAGCCUCCACUCAGCCCCCCAGCCCGGUCCUCCUCUACCAUCCACACACCCACACAAACACACCAGCCUCCACUCAGCCCCCCAGCCCUGUCCUCCUCUACCAUCCACACACCCACACAAACACACCAGCCUCCCCACAGCCCCCCAGCCCUGUCCUCCUCUACCAUCCACACAGCCACACAAACACACCAGCAUUAGCCUCCCCUCAGCCCCCCAGCCCUGUCCUCCUCUACCAUCCACACAGCCAUACAAACACACCAGCCUCCACUCAGCCCCCCAGCCCGGUCCUCCCCCCACACAGCCACAAGAACAACAGACCGAGGAGGGAGAGGAGGAGGCAGGAGAGGUCAAGAUGGAGGUGUUGACCCACGGCUGCCGAGGAGCCUAUCAGCUUCUACCGUCCGUCCCGAAGGUGGAGACUAAACCAGAGGUCACAGAGAAGUCGAGUCCCGUCCAUUACCCAUCAUGCACCACGGCAAGCUCCGAGCGACCGGCCUUUAGACCCAGCCCCGACACACACGCAUCCUCUCCUCCCCCCCUCUCUCCCUGCCCUCCCUCUCCCUCCCCUCUAAACAUUGUCCCUGAUGACCCCAUGGCUGGUAUGAUGACGCUGUUGGCUGCCAGUCAGAUGCCCCAGGCUGCCCCCCCUGCCCUACCCACCCUGCCCCAGACAGAGGCCUCCUCGCUGGGGAGAGACGUGGCCAGUCCUGGGUGUCUGGAGGUCUGGGCUCUGGAGGGGAUGACUCUACUCAGCGACAUGGCCUCACUAGAGAUGGAUAGGAUACAGCUGGAGCAGGGUGAGGUGUUGUGUGGUCUUGACAGCCUGUUAGAGGCAGGUAGAAAGGUGUUGCUGGAGGCCAUUGAGAGCCAGUCUCACAUCGACCUCCCCAGACAACUACACCCCAGCAAGACCUACAGCUGGAGGAUGAGGACAGACCCACAGGAGCAGCUCUUCAGUAAGCUGUGUGUGGAGGUGUGUGAUGGAGGGGAGUCUCAGCAUCGGAUGAGAUUAGCGGAGCUACAGAGACAAUACAAGGACAAACAGAGACAACUGGACCGGCUGCAGAGACGCUCUGACACCCAAGAGGUUCAGCAGCAGGAGGAGGAGAGGCGGAGUCUAACCCGACGUGGGCGGGGUCGACCUAGGAAGAGGAAACGUGUAGCGACGCCCCCUGGCAAGAUGGAGUCCCGGACAGGGAAGCCGGGCAGGACAGUGCGGUACUCUGAGGUGGGGGAUGGAGGGAGGAAGAGGUUCCACUGUUCCAGAGGAGAGGAUGAUGAGAUGGAGGGAGGAAGAGGAGGAGAGAAGAGGAGUUGGCAGGAUCAGGAGCCAUCCACUAGUCACUCUCUGGAGGUCUUUAAGGCUCGUCGUGUCGGUCUGUGUGACCAGGAGCAGCUAGCCUGUGACCUGGACAGAGCUCUCUCCCUGUCCGUACUCAGUACCAGCCGCCGGACGCCCUCUGACCCCGGCGGGAGGGAUGGAGGGGUGACCCCCUCGUCUGGAGAGAAACAGAAGGUUAGAGGUCAGAGGAAGACGGUUUCUCCUCCUCUUCCUCACUCCUCUCAACGCUCCAGCUACGACUACAACUCUGACUCUGAAGAGGAUGUCCCCCGGGGGGGCUGUCACCCCUUCUCAGGGUUGCGACCCCACACAACCCCGCCCAGGAAGAGACCGUCCCCCUCCUCGUCCAAUCAGGCGGCUCGGGAGAGGAAACAGAAGCACUUAUCCCUCCUGCUGCAGGAGGCGGGGCUUAGCUCCUCCGACGACUCCUUCGAUCAAGAGUCCUCCACUGAGGAGGACGAUGAUGAGGAAGAGUCGUCAUGCUCCGAGGGGAGUGAGCUGGAGGAGAGUGGGUUGGGCCUGCUGGCCAGGUUCGCAGCCAGCGCCCUCCCGGUCAACCCCGUCCCCCUGCCCCGUCUCCACGACAACAAACACCGUAGCAGGCAAAGCAUUCUGGGUUCUGGUUCUGACCUGUGUCUGAGGAAGUUCCCAUCUCUGCUCCACGGGAAACGCUCCGCUCCCGAACUCCCCAUGUUACCCCCGGCAACGCGCCACGGCGACCACACUAGCAACGAGACCUCGCCGGUCAAACGCAAACCUCGCCCUUCUCCUCGGUCGCCCCGGAGAUUCACCUUUGACCCCGCCGGGGGACUAGGGGGAGGGGCUAGCGAGGAGGAGGGAUGGACACGCAGACGCAGCGAGAGGAUUUUCCUUCAUGAUGCCUCCACCAAUCAGAUCUCUCCCUCCAGCAAAGACCCUCCAAUCAGCACUAAACCCGCCCCCAGACCUAAAACCACACCCAGGGACGGGAAAGACUGGAAGAAGAAGAGGCUGAAGGACUCUCCCCUGACCCCGCCCUCUCUGUCUAGUCCAAUCACAGAGAGCCCGGUAGCCCUUCCCCUCAGCCCUGCACGCAAGAGCCAAUCAAAAGCCAAGGCUAAACCCCGAGAGGCUCGUGGAGCGGUCAGUAGGCUGAUGAAGAGUAUGGAGGCUGAUGAAGACUUCGAACCCAGUCAGGACAGCAGCUUCUCUGAAGACGAUGGACCUCCUCCGUCACACAGCAGUCUGGCUGAGAGGACCCUGUCGUCUGCUCCGGUCCAGUGUGUGUUAGAUAAAGACUCUCUUCAGGAUGGUCUGAGGGUUCUGAUCCCCAUGGAUGAUCAGCUGCUUUAUGCUGGACACGUCAACACGGUACACUCCCCGGACAUUUACAGUGUGGUGGUGGAGGGGGAGAGAGGGAACAGACCUCAUAUCUACUGUCUAGAACAACUCCUGCAGGAGGCUAUUGUGGAUGUGAUGCCUCCGUCAGUCUGGUAUCUUCCUGAAGGCUGUCGUGUUGCUGCAUACUGGAGCCAGCAGUACCACUGUCUCUACCCCGGCACCGUAGUCAACGGAAGUUCAGAUGGUGAUGACAGUGAUGACCUCAUCACGGUGGAGUUUGAUGACGGUGACACGGGUCGCAUCCCCCUCUCCCACAUCAGACUGCUGCCCCCUGACUACAAGAUACAGUGUGCUGAGCCCUCCCCUGCGCUGCUAGUGGCCAGCUGCUCCAGGAGGCGUGUCAGGAAGUGCAGCAAGGACACCAGUGAGACGAGGCCUAAAACAGGGGACUCCGCCCCCAAGGGCAGAGGGAGACCGGCCAAGAAACCCAAACCCAAACCUGAGCCCCCAGUGAGCCCAGACCCCCGGGAGACGAUGCCCCCCCCGGGACCCAGCCAGGCUCCAGACAGACCUCAGCUCCCCACCAGACCAGCCCAGGACAGGCCCUCCUCCUCCCAGAGGCCUGCUCAGGAAAGACCCCUGUCUGCCCCCAGGCAGGGACCAGGCCGACCCCCCAAGCUCACCAGUACCCCCAGCCUGCCUUCCCCCCCACGCAGCCAGAACCCUAGGAGACCCAGCCCAGCCUCUCCCAAGCCCCCCUCCCUCUACCACCCAGCCCCUUACGGGAAGAUACUAAGGGUGGACCUGUACAGCCAACCCAACCUCACCUCUUGUAACGUCAGCACCCAACCUAACCCUAAAACCAACCCUAAGUCUAAACUCUCCCCUCCACUACUUAAACCCAACUCUACUUCCCCUAUCAUCAGACCCAAGCCUCUUCUACCUAACCCUAAAACUAACCUUACCUCCGUACCAAAAUCCAAACCUAGACCUAACUCUACAGCAGAACUCCCUGGGCCUGCAGCUAACUUUAAUCCUGAUCACAAAAAACCCAGAACCGCUCCCAAAGCAAUCUCCAGACCCAAACAGAACCAUAACAAACCCAGGCUCACCCUGGAUCCUUCUACCAGGCCCAGAACCAGCCCUGGGUCCAGCUCCAGUACCUCCAAACCUAGAACCAGCCCUGGGCCCAGCUCCAGCACCUCUAAACCCAGAACCAGCCCUGGGUCCAGCUCUAGUACCUCCAAACCUAGAACCAGCCCUGGGCCCAGCUCUAGUACCUCUAAACCCAGCCCCAGGCCCAGCUCCAGUACCUCUAAACCCAGCCCCGUGCCCAGCUCCAGUACCUCUAAACCCAGAACCAGCCCUGGGCCCAGCUCCAGUACCUCUAAACCCAGACUCAGCUCAGACCUCUCUGCUGUCAGAUCCAGACCGGACCCUAGCACCUUUAUUCCUGGUAUCUCCAGACCCAGGCAUGUCCCGGGGGAGGGCGGGGUGGGAGGGCAGGGCGGGGUGCGACAUGGGCGUAAGGCCCUCUUAGAGGAACCCCUAGUAAAGCUGGACCACGAGGGCGUGACCUCACCCAAGACCAAGAAGACCAAGGCUCUGAUGCUGCUGGAGGCCAGAGGCUUACGGCAAGAACCCACACCCCUCUCCACGGCCGCAGCCGGCCAGAAGCCGGCGAGGGUAAAGGGGAGGGCUCCGGAGAGCGAGGCAGGGCUGCUGGAGGCCAGAGGCUUACGGCAAGAACCCACACCCCUCUCCACGGCCGCAGCCAGCCAGAAGCCGGCGAGGGUAAAGGGGAGGGCUCCGGAGAGCGAGGCAGGGCUGCUGGAGGCCAAGGGCUUACGGCAAGAACACACACCCCUCUCCAUGGCCGCAGCCAGCCAGAAGCCGGCGAGGGUCAAGGGGAGGGUUCUGGAGAGCGAGGCGGGGCUGCUGGGGAGAGAACCCGCCUACAGAACGCCUUCUCUGGGCAGAGAAAGAGACCGGGGUGGAGGGGGGGACAGAGAACCAAAGAGAGAGGAGAGAACGAAACAAGGGGAAGAGAAGAGAGGGGAGGAGACAGGGGGGUCUCACGGCAGCAGUAGUUCAGGAUCUGAGGAAGAGGAGGUGACGAGGAAGAAAACAAAGUGUAGCUCCAGCUGCUCCCACCCCUCCUCCCCAGCCUCCUCCUCCUCCUCCUCCUCUAGCACCUCCUCUUCCUCUUCCUCCUCCACUGACGAGGAGUCCUCUUGUAGUUCUGACGAGGAGACCGCCCCCGCUCCCCCUGCACCUCUCCCCGUCUCCCCCCCUCCAACUACCCCACAGGAGGAGGUAGAGGUGGAGGAAGAGAAGGAGGAAGAGGAAGAAGUUAAGAAGUUGAAAAAGGCAGAAGAGGAAGAGGAGGAAGUAUUAGGAGAAGAUCAAUCUCCCUCCUCUCCUCCCCCGUCUAUCUCUCCGUCCUCCCAGCCAGCCAGGCCCCGGGGUCGUCCAGCCCGGCAGAAGUCCCAGGGAGGUGUGGGGUCGGUGGGCAGGCCACGGCGCAGGGAGGGGGCCCACCUCCCCACCACCAAGGAGCUGGCUAAAAGACAGCGAUUACCGAGCGUAGAGAACAGACCCAAGAUCUCUGCCUUCCUGCCUGCCAGACAGCUCUGGAAGUGGUUCGGUAAUCCCACACAGAGGCGUGGUAUGAAAGGGAAGGCUAAGAAGCUGUUCUACAAGGCCAUCGUGCGGGGGAGAGAGAUGAUUGGCAUCGGGGACUGCGCCGUGUUCCUUUCAGCCGGCCGACCCAACCUGCCCUUCAUAGGGAAGAUUCAGAGCAUGUGGGAGAGCUGGGGAUCCAACAUGGUGGUCAGAGUCAACUGGUUUUAUCACCCGGAGGAGACCAACCCUGGCAAGAAACUACACGACAAGAAGAACUGGGAUCAGAUGUCUGGUCAGUCUCUUCCUUCAUCUCUGCUCUCCUCUAACCAGAGGAAAGACUUCAUGGAGCGGGCUCUGUACCAGUCGUCCCACAGCGAUGAGAACGAUGUCCAGACGGUCAGUCACAAGUGUCUGGUGGUCAGCGUGUCAGAGUACGAAACCAUGACUCUGACGCGUCGCUAUGCCGACAGCCAAGACCUGUACUACCUGGCCGGGACAUACGAACCCACCACGGGUAUGAUCUACAACACGGACGGAGUCCCCAUCAUCUGAUGAACGACACGCUAACGACACCAGACCCUGACCUUGACCCGAACAACGCCAAGGUCGAUCCGGUCAACUCAUAACGUUUGAUCCAACGAACGAAGACCACCUGAGAGAGACUACAGACCGUAUUCAGAAACUCUUGAAACACAAGGGUCUUCUCUAUAAACACACACUCAGACUUCUACCUGUAAAUACAUACAAUACUCAUAGAUAUAUAUAAAAGACAGGAAGUGAUUUUAUUUACCAGGGAAGACAUCCUCCUGGCUGGAUCGUAGCUGUGAGUCACAGUAGUUUUGAUGAGAGGAGGUUUGUCUAUCUGACAGACGUAUUACACUAACGAGAGAGAGAGAGAGACCUGCUGACAAUCCCAACAAUGGGGGUGGGGAUACAGUCCUGUGUUCUGAUUGGUGCCUGUCCUAUCUGGACCCGCCUACUCCCCCAUGACCUUAUCACCCUGCUGGUGUUAACAGGGUUCUGAUGACCUGGUGUUUAGAGAUAUUAUCAGUGUUUCUCUGGAGUGAACACACUCUUAUUGCACCCCCCCCCCCCCUCCCUGGUCCCCAUCUAUCUGCCCCCCCUGGUCCCCAUCUAUCUGCCCCCCCCCCUGGUCCCCAUCUAUCUCCCCCCCCUGGUCCCCAUCUAUCUGCCCCCCCCCUGGUCCCCAUCUAUCUGCCCCCCCCCCCCCUGGUCCCCAUCUAUCUGCCCCCCCCCCCGGUCCCCAUCUAUCUGCCCCCCCUGGUCCCCAUCUCUCUGCCCCCCCCUGGUCCCCAUCUAUCUCCCCCCCUGGUCCCCAUCUAUCUGCCCCCCCCCUGGUCCCCAUCUAUCUCUCCCCCCCUGGUCCCCAUCUAUCUGGUCCCCAUCUAUCUGCCCCCCCCCCCUGGUCCCCAUCUAUCUGCCCCCCUGGUCCCCAUCUAUCUGACCCCCCCUGGUCCCCAUCUAUCUGCCCCCCCCUGGUCCCCAUCUAUCUCUCCCUCCCUGGUCCCCAUCUAUCUGGUCCCCAUCUAUCUGCCCCCCCUGGUCCCCAUCUAUCUGGUCCCCAUCUAUCUGGUCCCCAUCUAUCUGCCCCCCCCCCUGGUCCCCAUCUAUCUGCCCCCCCUGGUCCCCAUCUAUCUGACCCCCCCUGGUCCCCAUCUAUCUGCCCCCCCCUGGUCCCCAUCUAUCUCUCCCUCCCUGGUCCCCAUCUAUCUGGUCCCCAUCUAUCUGCCCCCCCUGGUCCCCAUCUAUCUGGUCCCCAUCUAUCUGGUCCCCAUCUAUCUGCCCCCCCCCUGGUCCCCAUCUAUCUGCCCCCCCUGGUCCCCAUCUAUCUGACCCCCCCUGGUCCCCAUCUAUCUGCCCCCCCCUGGUCCCCAUCUAUCUCUCCCUCCCUGGUCCCCAUCUAUCUGGUCCCCAUCUAUCUGCCCCCCCUGGUCCCCAUCUAUCUGGUCCCCAUCUAUCUGCCCCCCCCCUGGUCCCCAUCUAUCUGCCCCCCCUGGUCCCCAUCUAUCUCUCCCUCCCUGGUGCCCAUCUAUCUGGUCCCCAUCUAUCUGCCCCCCCUGGUCCCCAUCUAUCUGCCCCCCCUGGUCCCCAUCUAUCUGCCCCCCCCCCCCCCCCCCCCCCAGCGUGGUUUCAGCCUUUUCUCCGUCCCGACACACCCCAUCUCUGUACGGGGGGAAAUAUUAGGGGAGGGGAGGGGAGGAGGAGGAGGAGGAGGAGGAGGAGGAGGAGGAGGAGGAGGAGGGAAAAGGGUUUGUUUCUUUUUUUACUGAAGCAAUCAACUUAAUCAGUGUUUCUCCCGAUAUCCAUUUAGUAGAUCAAUAUUUUAUAGUUGAUCAAUAAAGAGAUACAUCUAUCGAU